UUGAGAGCAAUCAUGUCAAUGCGGAGGCGAACUUUGCUCAAAGUCAUUGUUCUUGGCGAUAGCGGGGUUGGAAAGACCUCCUUGAUGAAUCAGAUAGAUAUGUUCAUAAGAAGUUUAGUCAGCAAUAUAAAGCUACAAUUGGUGCUGAUUUUGUCACUAAAGAACUCCAGAUUGACGACAGGCUCGUCACUCUACAAGUGGGUUUUCUGGUUCAAUUCAAUGGUAUUUUUGAGUUCUUUAUUUAUAUUUAAUGUAAUUGUUUAUAUUACAUCUUAUGUCUGCUUGGAAGAUAUGGGACACUGCAGGGCAAGAGAGAUUUCAGAGUCUUGGAGUUGCAUUUUAUAGAGGGGCAGAUUGCUGUGUUUUAGUCUACGAUGUUAAUGUCAUGAAGUCCUUUGAUUCCCUCGAAAACUGGCACGAGGAGUUUCUCAAACAGGAACUUCUUACUUGGAAAACUUCAGCUAUAGUUCGCAUUUUGUUGCGCAGGCAAACCCUUCUGAUCCAAGGAUGUUUCCUUUUACAGUGCUUGGAAACAAGAUUGAUAUUGAUGGUGGGAAUAGUCGAGUGGUAUCUGAGAAGAAAGCAAAGGACUGGUGCACUUCUAAAGGGAAUAUUCCCUAUUUUGAGACUUCCGCAAAAGAGGACUACAAUGUUGAUGCUGCAUUUUUAUGCAUUGCUAAGACUGCUCUAUCUAAUGAAUAUGACCAAGACAUAUAUUUUCAAGCUAUGCCUGAGACUGUUCCAGAUAACGAGCAAAGUGGCGGGUGUGCAUGCUGACAAACAAAUGUGGAAUGAAUUUCUUUAUCCUCUUAAUGCCAUGGCUAAAAUUCUUGGAAUUUUUUUGGUUAAAGGAAAUAUCCUUCUGUUUUAAGAAGGACAAGCUUGACAAAUGACAAUGUUGGU